GAUUAGGGACUUUUCUUCGGCUUAUGGCCACCAGUGUACCAGCGCACCAAGCGUUAAAAUGUUUCCUGCGCCGUUGCAAGCGGACCACGGUACACCGUGAAGCGGACAUAAUCGGACAUAAUGGUGGUGCAGUGCUGCUGGUGCGUGCAGUGGCGACGGACGACGGCUGGAAGCGCUUGGUGUUCUCUCGCUGCGACUGCGAUUGCUUGGUGUGGCAGUCGCGCCGGUGCAACCUGAAGGUCGUUACCGCAGACCGGCCAAGAGGAGCGCCCGGACACCAAGGACUCUUUGUUGCAGUGAUCCUGACCGCUGUUCUCUUUUCUUCUGGCGUCGCCAUGUCGUUGCGUUGCAACAUUUGCUUGGAGAGGUUCGACAACGGGGAGAGGCUGCCCAAGUGCCUCCCCUGCGGCCACACGGAAUGCCUCAAGUGCCUCAAGGAGUUGACGAAUCUCCGGUGUCCGGAGUGUCGACGGGAGCUGGUCGGGCCUGUUGACGCUUUGCCGAACAACUAUUUCGCUUUGAGUUUCGUCGUCGAAAGGGAACAGCAGAAGCGCGCUGAUCUGAGGUUGUGGUGCCAGGACGACGGCAAGCUUGCGACCGACGAGUGCGUGGACCUGGGCCACUCCGUCUGCACUCUCCGCAAGCUGCGCUCGGAGCAGGCGGCGCCGCGGCUGCAGCAACUGGAGAGCGCUGCGUCGGGGGCGCGCGAGGUGGUGCAGGCGCUGCGGGACGCCGAGCUCGCCGUGCAGGCCGAGCUGCAGCAGUGGCAAGGCAGGCUGCGGGACGCCGAGCGGGCCCUGAGGAGGCUGCUGGCGGCCAUAGAAGAUGGCACCGUCUCGGAGACAGCCCAGCCCGACGGCCUGGAGGAGCUGCAGGACGCGGCCAGCCUGCUGCAGUUGGAGUGCACGCUGCCAGUGCAGCUGCGGGCCGAGGACGGCACACUGUGGGAGGCCGGCCUGCAGCAGGGCGGCCGCAGUCUGCUCCACCCGCUGCUGCUGCACCUGCACCGGAGCGGCGCCAUCGCCAAGGUCGGGAAGCCUAAGGAUGUUGCAGCUUCUGACGACUUCAGUCCAGCAGAGUGUCGUGAUGUGUCAGAGUACUGUGCACGCGAGGAUCACAGCCAGGAGACGGACGAUGUGCUGAGGGAUCCGCACCUGGACAAGGUCAAGAAGCUGAACGGGGUGGACUGCAAGAAGCGUCCCAGUUGGUGCAAGGUGCUGCUGCAGCGUGUGGCCCCGCGCGUCGAGUGGCUUUGUUUAAGCUUUGCCCUCCGUGAGCACCUGGACGUGAUCCACGACAUGCCUGAACUGCGCUUCUUGUACGUCCUCAUGGCGAAGUGUAGCACGGUGGCCCCGGACCUGCCGCUGCAGCUGGAGGAGCUGAUGGUGGUGAACGUCCCGAAGCAACACCUGCAGUCGGUGCAGCGCAUGCCCAACCUGCGCAAGCUCACCUUGGACUGGAGCAGUCUUCCGCUCGCUGUGGCCUUCCCCCCUCUGCCUCCGGGCCACCGCGGCCUGCAGUGGCUUCAGGUGUAUCUCCGCCCCGUCUCCACCGUGCUGUCGCUGGCCAAGGCCCACGCCGCCACCCUGCAGGAGCUGAGGAUUCUCUGCGCGUCGGAGGGAGACUCGCCGUGGCACUUCGAGGACCUAGCGGAGGAGCUGGGGCGGUGCGGGCUGGUGGCGCUGCGGCGCGUGGUGCUGCUGCGAGGAGGGGCUCCAGGCUUCCCCGACAACAAGCUCCCCCACGGCAAGGAGUCGUGCCGGCCGCAGAAGCACGCCGUCUGGGACAGCCUGGUGGCGGCGGACUCCAAGGCCGUCAGGGUGGUGACGGUGCUGUGCUGGGAGUGCGACAAAUGCCCGCCCUUUCCGAAACUGGGGAAUUUCACUUGGCAAGAGAAGUGAGUGGGUUUUGUGUGUAAAGCUGUACAGAUAGCUAUCAGUCGCAACGUUCGCUUGCGUUACAACCUUUGGGAUGACACAAAUAUCUUACCUACUGAUUCCUUCUCAAUUUUGGUUGUCAACCAAGACCAUUUUUUCUUUAAUACGAUUGCUCCAUUGCAAUGAAAGCGCCCUGGGGUGUUGGUAUCAAUUUGUUGAAGAAUUCAUUCACUUGUUAAUUUAUCCAUUUUAACUACUUGUGUUAGUUUAUUUAGGGAGUGGCUUUCGAAACUGCACUGUUACACCUUCGAAAGCUGCGUGUCAUCUGCAUGCCAUCUGCGUGAAGCGCCAGUGGAGCGGGAGUCGUUGGAAGUGGUAACACGCUUCAACGCCUCUGUUUAGGAAACAGUUUCACAGUUAAAUAAAGUGAUUUAUAUCUGGA